CCCUCCACCUGUCACAGCAAAUGAAACCGAGACAAAGCAGCAAAAGAGAAGCUUACCACCGUACGACGCUGCCGAUCAUCGAGGACGGGAAGAGGAGAGAGACCGAGGAGGCAACGACUCAGCCAGGGACACCUCGACGGACCAAGCCACAAUCAAGCGCGGCCACUGCGACCCGAACCACCUCAACCGCCGCCAAACACCUCACGAAUCUGGAACAGGGCCAAUGAAUGGAGACGAGCGCAAGUCCGACUUGAGUGAGCGGUGGAGGCCGUCGACCGAAGGCCCUGGACCGCCGUUAAGGGGGCGACGACUCUGUGCGAAUUGGGCGACUAGGCCAUCCCCGACUCCUUCUCCGCCCCAUCAGCACCAGGCCCCUACGGCCAUGGAUCUUACUCAGCUUAUCGUCCAGUUUCAGAGGAUGAAUGCACCAACUUUCGUGUGGACUGAGAACCCCACAGCGGUGCUGGAGUGGAUCAAAGAACUGGAUAAAAUCUUCGCUGUGCUUCCCCUCCCUGACUGUCAGCGAGUGUCCCUAGCAGCUUAUCAGAUGAAGGAGGACGCCUCUGACUGGUGGAUUGACCACUGGGCUCGGAGGCCGGAGGCGGAGCUUCAUGCUCUCACUUGGGAGCAAAUGAAAGUGAUUGUGCGCAGCAAGUUCCUUCCCCAGAGCUUUUGGGAGAGGAUUGAGCAUGAGUUCUACCACUUGCAGCAGGGCAACUCCACAGUGGAUGAGUAUAUCCGCACUUUCACCCGCAUGUGCCUUUUUGCGGGCGACGCAGUGAACACCGAUGCCAAGAAGGCCCGCAAGUUUCUCAAGGGGCUCAACCAGAGGAUCUGUGAACUGGUGGGAAGUCACGGACUGAUGUCUUUCGCAGAUACUAUUCGUCAGGCUCAGGAGGUAGAGAGCUGUCUCAUUCCGAUAGCCCCAGUCCCUUCAUAUUAUCAUGCCUCCCAGCCUUCUCAGACCGUUGCUCAGUAUGCUCAGCCCAUCUCAUCUGUGUCGCCCGGCUCUAGCUCGGGCAAGAGAAAGUCCGAGUAUCAGAAUAAGAAAAAGGGGAAGAAAGAAAACUUUGGCAGACGUGACGACCGACCCACUCAGGGUCAACAGCCGAG